UCUCCAAUCUCUCUCUAUUCCACCUCCACCCCCGCCCCGACUCCCAGUCCCAGCCCCGCCUCCACCAAAAAUCCGAACCCUAGCGCCCCGGGGGCCGCCAGAUCCCCGCCGCUCCCCUCCAUGCGGAUCCGCAAGAGCGCCGCCCGCCUGCUCGGCUCCGCCUACUCCGCCCCCGCGGCCGCCGCCCCCGGCGCGCCGGCCCCGCCUGAGCUCCUCGCGACGCCGCCGCCGCCGCAGCCGCACCCCGCGGCGUGCUCCCCGCCGCCCGAAUCCCGCGGCUGGGGCGGCUACCCCGACCACGCGACUGCCUCCGGGGAGGCCUGCGAGCUCAGCCGCUCGCCGUGGGACCUCAUCGCCGAGCUCUCCCUCUCCGACCCCCAGGAGGAGGACGACCUCGUCGACAGGUACUUCGUCCAUGUCACGACUCGCGCGAGCUGGCUCUUCUCGGCCAGCAUGCCGGUCUCCAACGCGAAGAAGGUGGCAGCGGCUGCCAGGGAGAGAGCCAAGCGGCGGCGCGACGCGGCGAGGAAGGCGCUCAAGAAGGCGGCAGCGAGCAAGGAGAAGGACAAGAAGGACGCUGAGGCCUGGAGCAAGGCAAAGGUGAAGAAAGAGGAGGGGGAGCAAGUGCAAGCGGCGCGGGUCUGGAAGUGCAAGAAGAACGACGGCAAGCGGUGGCACUGCCACCGGACAGUGAGCCAGCCCAACACCCUCUGCAACUACCACUUCGUGCAGAAGCGCUCGUACCUGAACCCGGACUACGAGUUCCCCGGGGCGGUCGAGCCGGAGGAGGCCGCGCCGGUUCCAGCUGCCGCCGCCUCCAAGCCGCCCUCCAGCAACAGCAAGCCGCGGAGGAAGAAGCCCACCAGCGACUUCAAUGCGACCGAGGGCUUCUACUACUACGCCGGGUUCGGCCCCUUCCGCAGCAAGAGGCACUGCAGAAGCGGCGGCACGAACGAACCUGUGCCCGUAAAGCAAGAAGAGGAGGAGGAGCAAGUGCCCGAACACGCUUCCCCUCCUGCCGCAGAUCAGGCCCGAACUGCCGAAGAUGCCAAUCAGGCUGCUGCGCCUCAGAACGAUGUGUCUACCUGUGACGACGACAUUGCAGGGAUCGCCGGCGUCGACGAGGAUACCAGCGACGAUGACUACGACGGGAUCGGCAUCGCCGGCAGCAGCGUGGACGGAGGUGGCGACGCGCAGGCCAGCAACGGCGGCGGCAAGAGGAAGACCCCGUGGAAGCGGUGGAGGAAGCCCGUGAAGGCGCGGUCGCUCAAGUCCCUGAUGUGAUGAUGAAUGAUCAAGCAGCGUCCCGUGCUGUAGGUGGACAGGUUGGUUAAUCAGCUAGCUUGACUUAGCUUAAUUAUUCUUCCUAGCCUUUUUAUCCCCGUCAGGUUUCGCUGGUGACUUGGUGUACAAACUGUUUGAUGGCUCCUGCAUCCUGAUUUUCGCCUGUUUCAUGGCCUGUCGUCGAGCUGAUUAGGGCAGUUUUUUUCUGCGUGUUAAUUUUUGAAGCCUAUUGGAGUA